AUGAAACCAUUGAUGCCAUCCGAAGUCGCUCGUUUAGUAUAUGGUUAUUUGAUGAACGAAAAAAAUGAAGAAACUGCUAAAUGUUUUUUAAAAUCCACCCCUUGUUUAACUGAAUGUUAUCAGAUGUUUAAAAUUAACAGAGACUUUAAUAUAAAUGUGAAUGGAUUCAAUUUACAUGAAAUAGUUGACCUUUUUGGUACUAUGUGUAGCAUGAUUGAAGAACGAAUAUCUGUAACAUGUGAAUCGAAAACAUUAAUUGAGAAAUUACAGUAUUUAUUAGAUUCAAAUCAUAUAUCAACUAAAGAAGAUAAAUCUAUUGAGGUCAAAUUAAAUAGAGUUGACAAAUGUGUUGGUAAUAGAGUUCAUACUAAAAAUCAGGGUACACAUAUAUUAACAAAUAUAGAAGCAAAUAAAAUUAUAUCAGAAGAAUUAUUAAAAAACCCGUUGUUCACUGAAAUAAUUUCUAAUAAUGUUUCUAAAAUAAAAGGAGUUGAAACAUUUAAUAAUGACACUAUUAUAAAUUAUGAAGAUAAAGAAUCUCAAAUAUUUCAAAUGAAUAAACAAAUGGGUAGUACUCUAGAAAAAAAAAAAGAUAAAUUAAAAAUAAAUAUUGAAUCAAUAUCACAAUUUAGUCCAAAAAAUAUUCAUAAUUUAAUUUCCAUUGAUCAGACAAAAUAUCAAAAAAUUCCUGAUGUAACAUCACUUGACUUUAUGCCGGAAUUCUCUAAAAAAGAAGAAGAAGAAGAAAAAGAAGAAAAUUAUUUAUCCAAAUCAAACUAUGUGAAAAUUGCUCCAAAAAUAACUCCCAUGUUGAAGAUUCACCAAGUUCCUGAAAAACAUAUAUUUCCAAAACAAAUAAAAUAUCCAUUAGAAGUUCCUGGCAAAAAAAGUAAAUUUUGGAAUACAAAUAUAAUUUCUAGACUGCCACCAAUUCAGACUCCUGAAUCAAUUACUAUUGAAAUUCCUAAUCAAAGUUCAUUUGAAACUCAAGAAAAAUAUCAUAUUGAUAAUAAUGACAUCAUUAGAUUACCUGACGAUUCAUCUGAAGUGAAUGAUGUGAUUCUUCACGAUACACCAGGUGAUAGAUUAAAACCUGGUACAACAAUAAAUGUCAAUAAUAAAAAAUUGUUAAAAAUAGAAAGUGAAGUAAUUACUUUUUUAAAAAAAUUAGAUAAGAUAACUGAACUAAACAAUGAACAACUUCCUAUCAAAUCUGAUUCUUCAAAAAGUCAACGGGAUAUAACUCAAAUCCACCUGGAACAGUCUCAUGUUAAAACCUCAAAUAAUACCAAUUGCACAAUUAUUGAUUUGGAAAAUGUUUUAAACCACCCUAUUCAAACAAAAACUACUAACAAUAAAUUAUUUACUAUAACAAAAACAGAUAAAGUUGAAUGUACUCCUUCAAAAUCUAAAGUAAAACUUUUGAGUAAAUCUAAAGAAAAAAAUAUAUUAAAAAAAACAAAUAUUGAAGCAAAAAGAAAACAAGUAUACAAGUCUGUAAAAAUUGAACUUUUUGGAAGUGAAAUUUCAUCGAGUUCAAGUUCAAGUACUAAUGAACAGCACAAAACAAUAAUUAUUAAUAAAAAACCUCAAGAUAAAGAAAAAAAAUCUGGUUUUAAACGCAUACCCAAAAGAAAAUCAAUUAAUUCUUUUGUUAAUAAUACUUCUUGUGUUACUAUUAAACAUGAUGAUAAAUUAGAUGUUCACAUCAGUAAGAUCUCUAAUCUACUAGACAAUAUGGAAUAUUUAAAAAAGGCAAAAAUGUAUGAAGUCAUUACUGAAGAUGGUAAACAUGAGAUGGUGUAUUUAAAUUUAUCAGAACCAUUUAUUUUUCUUGAUAUACUCUCAGAAUCAAAUAAUAUACAACUAUCCAAUUCAAUCACCUCACCGUUGAUAACAAUAAAUAAAACAUUAGAUGACAUUUCAGAAAUAGAAAGUGGUGAAUUGACAAAUGAUGAAGAAAUACUCAUGCCUGUACCUAAAACUCUUAAAAACGAUGUUAAAAUAAGAAAUGACAAAGAUAACACAGCUAGAAGGAGCCCCUCUAUUUGGGAAGCCUCUUUUCAUAAUUAUCCAACAAGAUACAGAGACAAUAAACAUAGAGUAACAAACUGUUUGCAAAAUAAAAUCUAUCAUAAAUAUGAUAAAUAUAGGCCAAACAAAUUUCAACACCAGAAUGAACAAUUACAAUUUAAUAAUCACAAUCAUUUUCAGAGAAGUCAUGAUCAAGAUGUGAAAAGAGAGUUUUGGAAAGAUUUAAUAAGGGUUAACGAUAAAUUUAAGUAUAAAAAUGAAAAAGUUAGACAAAGUUACCAUGAUUAUGUUGAAAGAAAAAAUUGGCUCAAAGAAUAUUCAAAAAUAAUGUCUCAAAGUGGUUUACAAAAGUUUCAUAGGUCAGAAGAUGUUGUUAAGAAGGCUCUUAAAAGGCCCAUAAAUCAAGAAAUAAACAAUAAAAUUCCAGCUAAGGUGUCAAAAAUUGAACAAUAA